GCCGGGGAAAAGAAAGGGAGGAAGGAAGGAACAAGAAAAGGAAAUAAAAGAGAAAGGGGGAGGGGAUAAGAAGCUAGCUGUGCGGCCUCCGUCCGGGGAGGCGCAGGAGAAAAACUUGUCGGGGUCCUCCUCAGCCCCUCCCGGAGCGCGGCCGCCAGGCCAGUGGAGCCGGGGCGCGGGGCGCGGGGCGGGGGCGGAGGCGCCGGGGCGGGGGAUGCGGGGCCGCCGCGCAGCCCCCCGGCCCUAAAAGCCAGUGGAGCGCCGUUCCCGACGCCCAGCGCCGCCCGGCCCGCAGCUCUCGCCGCCUCUCCCGUCCGGACCCGUCUAGCCGGGGCGUCCGGGCGGAGCCCUCGUCCGCCUGGUCAGGGGUGUGCGUCGUGGGAGGCCGAAGCCAUGGAUCCCGGGCAGCAGCCACCGACCCAGCCGGCCCCCCAGAGCCAAGGGCAGCCGCCCGCCCAGACCCCCCAGGGGCAGGGCCCGCAGUCCGGGCCUGGACAGCCGGCGCCCCCGGGGUCCCAGGCGGCGCAGCAGGCCCCUCCCGCCGGGCACCAGAUCGUGCACGUCCGGGGGGACUCGGAGACCGAUCUGGAGGCGCUCUUCAACGCCGUCAUGAACCCCAAGACAGCCAACGUGCCCCAAACCGUACCCAUGAGGCUCCGGAAACUACCCGACUCCUUCUUCAAGCCGCCGGAGCCCAAAUCCCACUCCCGGCAGGCAAGUACGGAUGCCGGCACUGCAGGAGCCCUGACUCCUCAGCAUGUUCGUGCUCAUUCCUCUCCAGCUUCCCUGCAGCUGGGGGCGGUUUCUCCUGGGACACUGACCCCCACUGGAGUAGUGUCUGGCCCAGCAGCUGCACCUGCUGCCCAACACCUCCGACAGUCGUCUUUUGAGAUACCUGAUGAUGUACCUCUGCCAGCGGGCUGGGAGAUGGCAAAGACAUCUUCCGGUCAGAGAUACUUCUUAAAUCACAUUGAUCAGACAACGACAUGGCAGGACCCCAGGAAGGCCAUGCUCUCUCAGUUGAACGUUACGGCCCCCACCAGUCCACCAGUGCAACAGAAUAUGAUGAAUGCGGCCUCUGGUCCUCUUCCCGAUGGAUGGGAACAAGCCAUGACUCAGGAUGGAGAAAUUUACUAUAUAAACCAUAAGAACAAGACCACUUCUUGGCUAGACCCAAGGCUUGACCCUCGUUUUGGUAAAGCCAUAAACCAGAGAAUCAGUCAGAGUGCUCCAGUGAAACAGCCACCACCCCUGGCUCCCCAGAGCCCACAGGGAACAGUCAUGGGUGGCGGCAACUCCAACCAGCAGCAACAGAUGAGGCUUCAGCAACUGCAGAUGGAAAAAGAAAGACUGCGACUGAAGCAGCAAGAACUGCUUCGGCAGGUGAGGCCACAGGCAAUGCGGAAUAUCAAUCCCAGCACAGCAAAUUCUCCAAAAUGUCAGGAAUUAGCGCUCCGUAGCCAGUUACCCACACUGGAGCAGGAUGGAGGGACUCAAAAUCCAGUAUCUUCUCCGGGGAUGUCUCAGGAACUGAGAACAAUGACUACCAAUAGCUCAGAUCCUUUUCUUAACAGUGGCACCUAUCACUCUCGAGAUGAGAGUACAGACAGUGGACUAAGCAUGAGCAGUUACAGUGUCCCUCGAACCCCGGAUGACUUUCUGAACAGUGUUGAUGAAAUGGAUACAGGUGAUACUAUCAACCAAAGUACCCUACCCUCACAGCAGAACCGUUUCCCGGAUUACCUUGAAGCCAUUCCUGGGACAAAUGUGGACCUUGGAACACUGGAAGGAGAUGGAAUGAACAUAGAAGGAGAGGAGUUGAUGCCAAGUCUGCAGGAAGCUUUGAGUUCUGACAUCCUUAAUGACAUGGAAUCUGUUUUGGCUGCCACCAAGCUAGAUAAAGAAAGCUUUCUUACCUGGUUAUAGAGCCCUCAGGUAGACUGAAUUCUAAAUCUGUGAAGGAUUUAAGGAGAUAAGACAUAUAUAUAGAUAUACCUGAAAUUCCCAAAUAAGUCAGUUGCAAUCUUCUGGCUAAUACAGAAAAAGAUGAACCAACGUCCAGCAAGAUUCUUUCAUCCACUAUUUUGCUCUUCCUUGUCCAUGCUGCUGUUAAUAUAUUGCUGACCUCUUUCAUAGUUGGCUCUAAAGAAUCAAAAAAACAAAAACAAAAAAAAACCUUUUUUGUUUCUUUUGCUAUUAUAACUACUGUUCAUUUGGGGGCUGGGGAAAGUGAGCCUGUUUGGAUGAUGGAUGCCAUUCCUUUUGCCCAGUUAGAUGUUCACCAAUCAUUUUAACUAAAUACUCAGACAUGGAAGUAAAAUGCUUCCUGCCACAGCAUUUAGUUUGUUCAAGCAAUUGUUUCUUCAGCUGCCUUUGGCCAGUGGGAAAACAUGACUUACUAGUCUGACAAGCCAAAAAUGUUGCAUUUGAUAUUAAGUACUUAAUGCUGAUUUGAAGAGAUAGUUGGAACUAAGGCUAAAGACUGUUUUACCUUCAGUGUUUGUUUCCUCCUAGAGCUAUCAUUAGUCACAUAGUGACUUGAUUUUAUUUUGGGGAGCUUAUAAGGUAUGAGACAAUUUCCAUAGAAAUAUAUUAAUUAUCACCACAUACUCUAGUAUAGGUUUACUGUUUUGUUUUGGUUUGGGGGGUUGAUUGGUUUUGUCAGAACCUACACAAACUCCCAAGUUAGUAAAUCUCUUUAUAGUUGUAGCUUAGGAAGGUUAUUAUAGUUCUUUUGGUGAAAUCUACAUUUCCGAGUUUUUUACUGCCUUAUUUAAAUCUUGAUUUUCUGUUCUCUCUAUAUAUACCUGCACAUACUUAAAAUGUUUAUGAUUGUGUGAUAGCAGAAUAUAUCAUUUUUUUAGGUUUCCCUACUUUUCAAUUUAUUUUAAAAUGGUAGCUUUGAAUGUAAGCAUUUAGAAUACAUGACUAGUAGAUUAUAUUUCACAGAUAGUUUAAAUCUGGUUGGGGCAGUCUGCAGGUGUUUGGGGUAGUUUCGUGUUCUAGAAAAGGCUAUUAUUAUGAAUAGUGUCUAGGGGAGUACCCUCUGGACCCACAAUAAAUAUUAUUUGAUGAAUUUGAAAGGAACAAACAAAUGGCUUUAUUUUCCUUUUGUUACUCCCUUGGACUAAUUUUAAGUCUUGAUGGGAAAUCAUUGAGUAGGCUCAUAAUGUGCAUGAAAGAAGUAAGCUUUAUAUAGUGGUUUACCUUCACUAAGGUUUGGAAGUUUACCAUCGAAGUAAAUUCUAGCUCUGGAAGUAAAUUCUUCUUUAGUUUUCAUUUGUAAUGAACAUAUUAAAGACUAGAUUGAAAAACUGCCUACAAGCUUUUUCUUCUUACAAGACUUGCCCCUUAUACUUCCAUAUGCUGAGAGUUGACCAUGGACAGUGUAUAGAAUACUGCAAGGUCAUGAGUUGCUGGUAAAGUGAUCAGAUUAAUAACUGUAUAUUGGUAGUUGAAUUUAGCAAAGAAAUAGAGAUAAUCAUGAUUAUACUUUUAUUUUUACAGGAAGAGAUGUAAUUAGAGUAUGUGUCUACAGGAGUAAUAAUGGUUUCCAAAGAGUAUUUUUUAAAGGAACAAAAAUGAGCAUAAAUCAACUUUUCAGUAUAAGCUAUGAAGUAAUAGUUGGUUGUCACUUAUAAUGGUACCAGCUAGCACCUCUGUAAUUAAGGGUCCUUCAAUGUUUCUAGGAUAAGCCCUUAUUUUCAAGGGUUUAUGACAGACAUGCAAUCUCUUUCCUGGCUAAAGGUACUAUGAAAAGCCUCAGCUUGGAAAGAUUUUUUUUUUUUUCUAAUUAAAAAAUCUAAUUAUUUUGGCCCUUUAAUUUAGGAGUGCAAAAGUUGAAAGAAGCUUUAUAUUAAAUACUUUCAGUGCUCAGAAAAUGCAAUCACUAUGUUGUACAGAAUGAUUUAUAGGUCAGUCAUUCAUAAUAAUUGACUGGCUUUUAUUAAGAAAACAGCAGAGAGAUUAAAUCUUGAAUUAAGUCUGGGGAGAAAUGGCCACUGUGCAGAUGCAUUGAGUUUUAGAGCAAUAAUGAAAUUCUACUUACAAUGCAUAAUUGAGAAUAUGGAUGGUACAGCAUGUUGUUUUUUUAAUGUGCAGAAGAUCAAAGCUAUUUGGAAGGAAUGCCUACAAUAUGCCAGUAAGACACAAAUUAAGAUUUGCAUUUUAUAUAUCAGCAGAGUAGCUUUAGAUUAGGGAAAGCUGGGAAGGUAGGGAGGGUGUAAAGACUUAGUGGGCCCUUGAUAGAGAACUUUAUAAGCUUCUUUCUCUUCAAUAAAGACUAGUCUUGCAUCUCCCUGUCAUUAAAGGCAGUUGCUCCUAAAAUUUCAAUCACUUAAGUACCCCCCCCCCGAAAAACAAGAAUAUGCAGGUUUUCAUUUCCCCUCAACCUUAAUUUGCCCAGUUAUACCUCAAUGUUGUAGCAACACUGUGGUACCCGACACAGUGCUUUGAUCUUACUAUACCGUCUGUACUGACCUGAAGGAGAUCACAAGAGUCCUUUCUCGUUUUGAGUUUGAAUCACAACCUUGAUGUGGUCUUUGUUUUAUGUCAUUGUUCCUAAUGUAAAGGCAUCUAACUACUUCUUGGUUAUAUUGAGUAGCAUUGGGAUAAGACUUUAACUGGGUAUUCUUGAAUUGCUUUUACAAUAAACCAAUUUUAUAAUCUUUAAAUUUA